CCUCCCCAAAACUGUACCAUACGAAACAGCAGAAAAAGGUGCGAAAAAUCCCUAGGAAAAAAACCAGAUUCCCCACGAAACACUGUUCAUUCGGAACAAAACCUCGUCUCCAUGACUGAAAUACGCAAGCAUACAUUUACCCCAAAAAUCUAGGGUUUAUAACUUUUCCCCCUUUCCAUCCUCGAUCCACCUUGUUUUUUUUUUCUUCAUACAUUUCGAUCGAUCUAUCAAUAAAUCCUCGUCCCGUAUCUAGAAAAAAUACAUUUCAUCGCAAGCUUUUCCAACCGCAUUCGAGAAAUAAAUUAGGGAUUUAAGAAAGUACAUGACGAAGAGAAGACACUGGGACUUCGAUUCUUACACCAUUAGAGGCACCAACACUGUCGUCAAAGCUGGGGAUUGCGUUUUGAUGCGGCCGUCGGAGAACAACACGGAGCCAUACGUGGCGCUUGUGGAGAAGAUUGAGGCGGAGAAUCUCAGCGAUGUGAAUGUUAGGGUUAGAUGGUAUUACAGGCCGGAAGAAACCGGGGCGGGUCGAAAACAGUUCCACGGAGCGAAAGAGUUGUUCCUUUCGGACCACUACGAUAUUCAAAGUGCCGACACAAUUGAGGGGAAAUGCACCAUCCACACUUUCGAGAAUUAUACAAAGUUGGCCAAUGCUAGGCCUCAGGAUUACUAUUACAGAUUCGAAUAUAAAACCGCCUCCGGAGAUAUCGUUCCGGAUAAAGUUAGAGUGUAUUGCAAAUGUGGGUUGCCCUAUAAUCCAGACCAGUUGAUGAUACAGUGCGACGAAUGCAAAAACUGGUACCAUCCUGGUUGUGUAGGCAUGACAAUAGAACAGGCAAAACAAUUGAAUCGCUUUGUUUGCUCCGAUCAUUCUUAUGAUGAUGAUGACGAUGACGAUAAGAAGAAACCUCGUAAAACCCCUCUCAAAAAUCGCAAGGCAAAACCCAAACGCCGGAGGAAGUAGUACUAGUUAACCCCGAUUGGUACAGUGAGGCUCGGGCCACGACAACUCGUUUAGGGUCGCACGUGCACAAUUCUGAGAAUUCGUUUAUCUACAUAGACUAAUUAAGAGCUUCUUUUAACACUAGUGAUAUAUUAUCACUAUUUUUUUGUCAAGGAGAUGGGUCCCACUGAACUCGCUUACUUGCCCAAGAAGACACGUCAUGACUUUGUAUAUGUUUGAUUAUCUCGUCUCUUACACGACUACGAAAUUUACAAUAUUACUCUUGUAGGGAUUAGACCUUCAUCAA